GGAGCGCCCGGGGAGGGGCUGACGGACACGCGGACAGACGGAUACCCCUGCGCCCCCGGACCUUAGUAACGGUACGCGCGGGCCAUGUGGGGACCCGGGGUCACGGCCGAGGGCCUGUCGGUGGCGCCGGCGCCGCCACCGCUGCUGCCGCUGCUGCUACUGCUGGCGCUGGCGCUGGUGGCGCCCUCGCGGGGCGGCGGGGGCUGCGCGGAGCUGGCGUGCGGCGAGCGGGAGCGCUGCUGCGACGCGGCCAACGCCACCGCGGUGCGCUGCUGCAAGCUGCCGCUGCACGCUUUCCUCGACAACGUGGGCUGGUUCGUCCGCAAGCUCUCCGGGCUGCUCAUCCUGCUGGUGCUCUUCGCCAUCGGCUACUUCUUGCAGCGCAUCAUCUGCCCCAGCCCACGCAGGUACCCGCGCGGGCAGGCGCGGCCGGGGCCACCGGGGGGCGCCGGGCAGCCGGGGGCCGCGGGGCCGCCCGACGACGACGACGACGACUCGCCCGCGCUGCUGCGGGACGAGGCGGCCGCCGGCUCUCAAGACUCGCUGCUGGACAGUGGAGGCGGUGGCCGGGGCCGGGCAGGCGGCGGGCGCUCGGUCCCUUCCUGCGCCUCGGAGCACGAGCUGCGCGUAGUCUCGCCGGUCUUCCUGCAGCUGCCCAGCUACGAGGAGGUCAAGUACCUGCCAACCUACGAGGAGUCCAUGCGGCUGCAGCAGUUCAGUCCCGGGGAGGUCGUGUUGCCCGUGUCGGUGCUCGGCCGCCCGCGAGGUGGAGGCGCCGGGGAGUCCGACGGCGGCGGCGAGCGCCGCUUCCCGCUCAUCUGA